GAAAUAAACAAGUGUGCACGCGUAUAUUGCGCGAUGGGGGCUGCGGUUCUUAUUGUUUAAAAAUUGAAUUUAAAUAUCUAUUUCACAUAAUAAUUACGGCCUUUUAUUUCAAAAUGGAAAGCGAUCGAUUUGGUCUAAUCCGACAGUAUUUUACCCACGACGCGUGGGAAGCGCUCAGCGAUAUUGAGAAGCAGGCGUACUGCAACAUGAAAUCCAACUAUGAGAAGCUGACUGAACUCGGCAUCGCGGGCCAGCCACCGUCGUUCAUGCGCGCACCGCCGCCGCCGCCGCCUCGGCCGGCCCGACCGAAACGGCCUCGAGUGAGGUCACCUGGCAGCGGCGACGAUGAUUGGAGCCCGUCGCGAUGCGUCCGGCCGGCCCAGCGGCGGUCGCGUUCCACCGUGCGACGUGGCGCCGCCAAGAGCAGGUUCCAGCCCCCGGUGAAGAGGACGGCGACGGUGACAUCGGCUGAGACGGCGCCCGCUGCUUCCUCGGCCGUGUCCGGUGACGUCCAGUCGCAGGACCAGCGUCGGGUCACCACAGAGGAGGCGGCAGCAGAGGAGGCGGACCGGUCUCCGCACCGGCCGCCGUCGCCGCCGUACGAUUUCAUUGGCUUUACACUGGAGGAUCAGUACAAGGCCCGGCACGCUGUGGACACGAAAGCUGAACUGCUGUGGAACCACAUCAUCGCCGAGUUCAAGGACUUGGGAGAAGAGCCUCCCGAGCGGGAGGUGUUCAAACGCCGCCGGAACAUGGUGAACUACCGGGAGGAGGAGGACCUGGACGACGACGACUACAUCUUCUGUGACGAGUGUGACCGCGAGUGGGAGGGCGACUGUCCUGUCCACGGUCCGCUGCAGGUCGUACCCGACACCAAGGUCCCGUUCGACACUGGCGAUCCUGAGCGAGACAUCAAGACCCGUCCCGAGUUCCUCAACCCGGGCCGGUCCAAAAUCCCCGGAGCCAACACCGGCAUUUGGACGGAGAAGGACCUGCCGGCGCGGCUGAGGUUCGGUCCCUACGAGGGCAUCGUCACCGCCGACCGGCGCCAGGCCACCGACUCGGGCUACAGUUGGGAGAUCAAAAAGAGUCGCCGCGUGCACCACUACGUGAACGCUGGCGACUCGAGCUCCAGCAACUGGCUGCGGCUGGUCAACUGUGCCCGCUUCGAGCAGGAGCAGAACCUGAUUGCCUUCCAGUACAAGGGCCAGAUGUACUACAGAACGUACAAGCCGAUUGUGAAGGGCUCCGAGCUGCUGGUCUACUACGGAGACGCCUACGCCCGGGAGCUCAACAUCAACGUGCAGACGUUCAGGAAGGCUCCGGCCACCGCCCCGCCGCCAGCAGCUGCCAUCGUGUCAGGUAGGCAGCCUACGAUGCCUACGACUGCCAUCCCCAAGGCCAAACUGACUGGAGCGACAUCUAUUACAUGCCGCGCUAUCAGCUGGUCGAUUAGUACUGGCAAGCAAGGAUGCACUUCAACAUCACCCGAAGCCAACGAUGCUGAUUAUAUAUUUAUGUAUGCAUUGUGUGGCAUAUGCUGCAUUACACUGCAAUGUCAUUCGCCAGGUGGCUCCACGGUCCGCUGCGUCCACUGCGACUACGCCUGUCUGGGACAGGAGCGGCUGGACAGGCAUGUGAAGACAUGGCACGGUCACAUCGGCAGGAACGGACGGUACAAGUGUGAGUGGUGUGAGUACUCGACGAACGAUGUGUGUAAAAUGAGUCGCCAUCGCCUCACCCACACGGGAGAGCGGCCCCACCGCUGUGACGAGUGCGGCAGGACGUUCACUCUACUCAUUAGUCUGACCGCUCACCGCCGUAUACACACCGGCCAGAGACCGUUCGUGUGUGACGCCUGUGGGAAGGCGUUCACACAGAACGGUGCCCUAACGAGACACAGACGGAUCCACACUGGGGAGAAGGUGCGUCAGUGUGAGCAGUGUGGCGCCGUGUUUAACAUCCUGUCUAAUUACACCAGACAUAUGCGGUCUCACAGCGGAGUGAAGCCGCACCGGUGCCAGGUGUGCUCGGCCCGGUUCGUUAUACGACAGCACCUCACCACACACAUGCGGACUCACACGGGGGAGCGGCCGUACGGGUGCUCCUUCUGCCCGGCACGGUUCGCGGUUCAGUCGGUCAUGAGGAAACACGUCACCAUCCGGCACACACACGACUACCGACACAGGUGUGAGCGGUGUGGUAAGGGAUUUGUGGCGCCCGGUGAACUGAGGAAACACAGUGAGAGGUGUUCGGUGACCAGCUGAUGUGUGUGCAGCUGUACUGGCGGGGUGGUUGUUACGAGCUUAUUGUGAUUGUUUAUAGCAUGUUUUUGCUUCUCAUGAAUCAACUUAUUGGUGACGACGUCACUGUUUGCUGUGAUUGUUAAUGGAAGCGCUGGUGCAUGCGAAUUUAUCAAUUUUGAAUGCAUCACACGUGCAUAGUUUGUUGGCAUUGUGCUUUAUGUAUGAUGCAUAUUCUUGUGAUUGCUAUUAUUUUCCCCAGCAGUACUGGGCAUGUCGGUAAGUGGUUAUUGUAUACCACAAUCGUAAACCCCAUGCGGCGUUGCAUUAAUGUUUUAUAGUUUCCUCCGUUUAAUAAAGUUUGGUGUUCGA